AUGUGGGAGUUUAUUUUGAUGAAUGAGCCAACGGGGAAGCGUGUGAAAAGAGCUUCUACAACUCAUCAAAACAGAACGAUUCAUGCUGCUCAUUCCGGUGGGAAGACCUUUUUACAACCACUACCUCUUCCUCAGAGAUGGAUACCAAACGCGUCUCACAACCCACCACCUCGACACCAUACUCUUAUCCAACCUGUUGAUUCCAAUGCUCCAAGGCUUCCACCUCCACAACGGCACGUAGUGGAGCGUCAAGUUGUUCCAAUAUUGAAUCCAGCCCAAAUCUACAAUGCAAACCCAUAUUCCAACCAACCAAUUUUAGCACAGAACUCCAAGCAGAACUACAGUGCUUAUCCGCCACCAGCGCCUCCACCUCGGAAUCCCCUUCCAAACCUUUAUCACCAAAAUUUACAACAAAAUGCUACAGGACAGCCUGCACAGUAUCAGCAGCAAUCAGUGAAUACAAACUAUAAUCAACCUCCGCAACGACGUCCUCCACAACUACAAGUUAGUCCUCCGAAUCAAGCUAUAGAAACUAAUUAUUAUACGGAUAGAAAUGUUGGAAAAUAUCAAAGUCCAAAAAAUAGUGGGAGAAAUCGGAAUAACAGGCGGAAAGGGAAGAAGAAGAAGGGAAGAGCAAAUUCGAAAAUGUGUAGAUUAUGUAGGGAAAUGUCAGAAGAGGAAGAUAGUGAAGAGAAGGAAGUUGCUUGUGAUUUAUGUUCAAAGUCAUCAAAUAGGGGCCGUGGAAGGAAAAAGGGAAGAAAACAAAAGACUAGAACAAAAGACAGCAGUGAAGAAGACGAUAGUGACCGUGAUGAAGACUCUCCAGAAGGCGAAGGAGCACAAAUCGAUGAUAUAACAGAAGAUGGAGAUGGCGAUUACUACGAUGAUGAGGACCGUACUACACAGAAACCCACUACCGUAUCCCAACCCACAAUAAUUGAUUUCGCGAAGAGGGCAGAGCAGAACAAACUUAUGAGGAUUCCAGUUUACAGGGGAAAGAAAUUAGAAAACAAAGACGCCUAUAGAACAGGAUCCGGAGAGCACGGAGACGGAGAUGGUCACAGGGAAGAAGAAGAGAAGUCCGAGUACAGUUCUAAUAUUCGAGAAGGAGAAAAACAAACGAAGUACUCCAGCAAACCGAAUGUAAAGUAUUCCUAUCCUCCGAAAGAUACUCUUCCACUCCAAACUUGUUUUCAUAAUCCAUCUGGAUAUGUUUGCUGUAAUUUGGAAUUGAAUAAUGUUGUCGAAUCGACAUAUAAAGAAGUAAAAGAGCUCCCGAAUUUCAAUCCUUGUAACCUUCAACUUAUCGCAAAUAAAUUGCAAAGAGCUACGGAAAAAAUGUUUGGACACCCGUUCGAAAGUGUUGUGUCUCAUGCGGAUUUUGCUCAAAAUAUCAAUUUCUCAGGAGAUUUGGUCUGUAAAUUGGAGAUUGAUGGAAAAUACAUGAUUGUAUACGGUACCCCUUACCAUGCUGAUGACGCAGUCGGACCACAAGGGCCCGAUGGAAAACCUUUACCAGUCAGAUCGUUAAAAUUAUGA